AUGAAGAAAAUGCCUAUGGCGUCCAGGAGACCUGGGGACCGGGACAUGUUGCUCUCAGAUCCCGAAGCUUACAGACCACCGGUGCCCACAGGUUUCCAGGAGUUCAGGUCCGCCCUGCAGGAAAGCAGGCUGUGCCUCCUCCUGGCUGGGAGGUCAGGGACCGGGAAGAGCGCCACGGGCAACAGCAUCCUCCAGCGGAAGCACUUCCUCUCCAGGCUCGCGGCCACGGCGGUGACCAGGGCCUGCGCCACGGGGAGCUGCCGCUGGGCCUCGUGGGACGUGGAAGUCCUCGACACCCCCGACCUCUUCAGCCCCGAGGUCGCCCAGGCAGACCCGGGCUUCGAGGAGAGAGGCCGCUGCUACCUGCUGUCGGCCCCGGGGCCGCACGCCGUGCUCCUGGUGACCCAGCUCGGCCGCUUCACCGCGCAGGACCUGCGGGCCUGGCAAGGGGUGAAGGCGCUCUUUGGGGCGGGCAUCGCGGCCCGCGCCGUCGUGGUCUUCACCCACAGGGAGGACCUGGCGGGGAGCUCGCUGCAGCAGUACGUGCGCGACACCGACAACCGCGCGCUCCGCGAGCUGGUGGCUGAGUGCAGGGGCCGCUGCUGCGCCUUCGACAACCGAGCGGCCGACGGGGAGCGGGAGGCGCAGGUCGGGGAGCUGAUGGGGCUGGUGGUGGAGCUGGUGAGGGACCAGGGCGGCGUCCCCUACACCAACGACGUGUAUCGCCUGGCGCAGACCCUGGGCGGGCUGAGCCGCGAGGAGAGGCUGCGCAGGGUGGUGGAGCAAUUAGCUGCUCCCGCACAGACGUGGCCGGACCGCUGGCCUCUGGCCGGGCUGUGGCGGUGGACCAAGGCGGGGCCGGGGACUAGGUAUAAGCUGGGCUUGGCCGCCCUGCUGGGCGCCCUGUUCCUGCUGUACCUGCUCUGCAGGCACCGAUUCGAGGCGGUGACGGUGUGA